AUGGGAUUAGGAAUCUUAGCUUCUCGAACGAUUCGACCAGCUUCUCGUCUUCUCCAAUCCCAAAACUCCAAUUUCUUCCUCCGCACAAUCGUCUCCAAACCGGAGCUCCAAUCUCCUGAAGCCGCUGCUGCUCCUGCUUCUCAGCCUGAGCCGCCGAAUCAGAUUAUCCCUCCGAGGAACCCAAUCGGUGGAGCGAGAGUCCAUUUCUCGAAUCCCGAGGAUGCGAUCGAGGUUUUCGUCGAUGGUUACGCGGUCAAAGUGCCUAAAGGGUUCACUGUUCUCCAGGCUUGUGAGGUCGCCGGAGUUGAUAUCCCGAGGUUUUGUUAUCAUUCUCGAUUGUCGAUUGCUGGAAAUUGCAGGAUGUGUCUUGUUGAGGUCGAGAAAUCGCCUAAGCCUGUAGCGUCGUGUGCCAUGCCCGCACUUCCUGGAAUGAAGAUUAAGACUGACACACCAAUAGCAAAGAAGGCGAGAGAGGGAGUGAUGGAGUUUCUGUUGAUGAACCAUCCUUUGGAUUGCCCUAUCUGUGACCAAGGAGGAGAGUGUGAUCUUCAGGAUCAGUCUAUGGCUUUUGGAUCUGACAGAGGCCGUUUCACUGAGAUGAAAAGAUCUGUUGUUGAUAAAAACCUUGGUCCUCUCGUGAAGACUGUUAUGACUCGGUGUAUCCAGUGUACAAGGUGUGUACGAUUUGCAUCAGAGGUUGCUGGGGUUGAGGAUCUCGGCAUGCUAGGUCGUGGUAGCGGAGAAGAAAUCGGAACUUAUGUUGAAAAGCUUAUGACCAGUGAGCUCUCUGGAAACGUUAUCGAUAUCUGUCCUGUGGGAGCCUUGACCUCAAAGCCCUUUGCCUUCAAAGCCAGAAACUGGGAGUUGAAAGGAACAGAAACCAUUGAUGUUAGUGACGCUGUUGGGUCCAACAUCCGUGUUGAUAGUAGAGGACCAGAGGUGAUGCGUAUCACUCCACGCCUUAACGAGGAUAUAAACGAAGAAUGGAUAUCUGACAAAACCAGAUUCAGCUACGACGGCCUGAAAAGACAGAGGCUAAGCGACCCCAUGAUCCGAGAUUCCGAUGGACGGUUCAAGGCAGUGAGCUGGCGUGAUGCCUUAGCCGUUGUGGGUGAUAUCGUUCAUCAAGUGAAGUCAGAUGAGAUUGUUGGAAUAGCUGGUCAGCUAUCUGACGCAGAAUCCAUGAUGGUGUUGAAGGACUUCGUUAACAGAAUGGGCUCAGAGAACGUCUGGUGUGAAGGAAACGCUGUUAGUGUCGAUGCUGAUCUUAGGUCCAGCUACCUAAUGAACACUAGCAUCAGCGGACUCGAGAACGCCGAUCUUUUCCUCCUUGUUGGUACUCAGCCUAGAGUUGAAGCUGCAAUGGUGAACGCUAGGAUCUGCAAGACGGUCCGUGCAUCAAACGCCAAGGUUGCGUACAUCGGUCCACCUUCAGAUUUCAACUACGACUGCAAACACCUAGGGACUGGUCCCGAUACUCUCAAAGAAAUCGCUUCGGGAAGCCACCCGUUCUGCUCGGCUCUCAAGAACGCCAAGAACCCAGCUAUCAUUGUUGGCGCAGGGCUUUUCAACAGAACAGACAAAGAUGCUAUCCUCUCUGCCGUUGAGUCCAUUGCGAAAGCCAACAAUGUCGUUCGACCAGACUGGAACGGUCUCAACUAUCUCCUUCUGUACGCUGCUCAAGCGGCUGCUCUUGAUCUUGGUCUCGUGCAACGCUCAGCGAAAGCACUCGAGUCUGCGAAAUUCGUCUACUUGAUGGGAGCAGACGAUGUGGAUGUCGACAAGAUUCCUAAAGACGCCUUUGUGGUUUACCAAGGACACCAUGGAGACAAAGCGAUUUACCGUGCAAACGUGAUCCUCCCUGCAUCGGCCUUCACCGAGAAAGAAGGAACGUAUGAGAACACAGAAGGGUUUACACAACAGACUGUUCCUGCUGUUCCCACCGUUGGUGAUGCAAGAGAUGAUUGGAAGAUUGUGAGAGCUUUGUCCGAGGUCUCGGGUGUGAAGCUUCCGUAUAACUCUAUCGAAGGAGUUAGAUCAAGAAUCAAGAGCGUUGCACCGAACCUAGUCCACACAGAUGAACGAGAGCCAGCUGCUUUUGGACCUUCGUUGAAGCCGGAGUGCAAGGAGACGAUGAGUAAAACGCCGUUCCAAACCGUGGUGGAGAAUUUUUACAUGACAAACGCAAUCACAAGAGCAUCGAAGAUCAUGGCGCAAUGCAGUGCUGUGCUCUUGAAGAAGUGA